ACAGAGACCCAUCGACCAUGAACCUUCUCCUUUUACUGAGUCUCCUGAUCUACAGCUCCAUGCAUACAGCUGGGACAGAGACUCUACAUGUGAGGCAGACAGUGGGCUCUCGCGCCACCCUUUACUGUGGAAACCUAACUAACGGUGAAGUGACCUGGAGCAGAGACACCAACGGACAGAGAGUGGACAUUCUGACCACUCAUAACGGACAGACGACCAAACACAUCGCUGAUCCAGACAGACGUUACGGCUCAGGAGCAGAUCUAGCUCUGAUUAUACGCAGAGUGUCUCAGUCAGACGCUGGUAGAUACGACUGCAGUGGAGCUACAGUGGAUCUCAGUGUGACAUCAGGAACCGGCCCAAACAGCAUAACCACACCCAAAACUACAACCACAUCUACACCUACCACAACAGCUACAACUACAACCACAUCUACACCUGCCACACCAGCUACAACUACAACCACUUCCACAGCUAAAAGAAGAGCAGAGGACUGUGAGAUGCCGUAUGACGACGUCUACACUACCAUUGAAUACGACGCCUUUAAUAAAGAACAAACAGGGUCUCCGGCGGGAUCCCUCCAGGGAUACUCCAGCGAGCAUCUGGUGGCCGGGCAUUUACCUAUGGUGCCCAGUUGGAUCCAGCCCGAAGGAGCUACAUGA